GCAACUCUGUACGGACGUACACCUCGCGAGUGAAACUGUGCGAACGUUCUAUUUUGUGUACAACAACCAACUUGGAAUCCACCAUGCAUCUAAGUUCGCUUCAAGUGUGCGCGGCUGUCCUGACGCUCGCGUUGGCUGCAGCUGCACCUCCCACCACUACCCACCACGUGGCACGCCGAUCUUUCUUCAACCUUCAGUGCAAAGGAGUGUACGACGCCGCCAUCUUUGCUCGGCUCGACCGUAUCUGCGACGAUUGCUACAACCUCUUCAGAGAGCCACAGCUGUAUACUCUGUGCAGGUCGCAAUGCUUUACGUCGCCCUACUUUAAGGGUUGUAUGGAGUCUUUGUGCCUCAUGGACGAGGAGGAGGAGCUAGAUCAACUGAUCGACUACAUCGGAAAACGCUAAUGCAUUAAUCAGACAACAUAAACUUCGCGCCAAAUUUUGACAACCGCCACAAUAAUUUGAAAGAUAAAACGGUCACAGAUAAACUAUACAUUACGCUGUUACCACACCUUGCUAAUUCAAUUUACCGAAUGCCUGUUAAUGGACAAAAUGCUUAUAAAUCUUUAAAAUGUUAUUUAAUGUGCAUUAUUACACAAUAUCCACAAUUAACUUAAGCAGAAUCGAAGUGUCAAGUUCCUCCAGGUUGACGUCUGCUUUCUAUCCUCAACGUAUUCUAGUCUUUAACGCGACAUAAAAACAAUUAUGUUUGCAGCUAAAUGUAAUAUUAAUAUUAUUUGUAUAAGUUAAUGUGUAUACAAUUUUAAGAACAUUUAUUUUGUGUUUAGUGUAAGCUUUGCGAGCUACGGAAGUGUAAAGUACAUUAGAGAUGAGUUUUAUUAAAAUAAGAAUAUCGCGUCACCUAUACAAACUGUAGGCAGUCAUCCGUUUGAUGCUGGUCAUCCGAUUUGCCUUGUCUAUUCUCGACUGAAAUUUCUUACUUGAUUUUCACUGAAACACAUUCCACAGAGUAUUUUUAAAAUUAUUUGAUGCUUUUUAUUACAUUUCUAAAUGAAAAAAUUGCCUAAAUUUGUGCUAAAAUAGUAAUUCAUAUUUUUUGUAAGCCUACAUUGUUAAAUUUAAUUACUUAGCUUCAAUUAAUUAUUUAAUAUCAGUGUCUUCUUAGUUUUUGUAAAUAUUAUGUAUUUUAAUAGGUUUAUAUACUCUCACAGUUUCAUUUAAUUUUAUGAAUUAGUUUUAAUUUUAUCAUUACAGUUAGUAUUUAUUUAAUGUUUACCAAUGUCAAUUUAUCAUUUUAAAAGUUAUCUCCAUUGAAAUCUAGUUUUAAUUUUAAAAUGAUAGUUUAAUAUAAUGCCUUAUAUACUCACAAUUACUGAACACAAUAUUUUAAUCAAAAGCGCGGGUUCUAUGUGCCAGCAUGUGGAUGCAAAAACGUAUAUAGAUACAUUGUCUAUGGCAUUACAAAUUAAUAUCUAUAAAUUUGAAAAACAUUGUUUAUUAAUUCAUUUUUAGAACACUGUUAAAUUCCAAAUUUGUAUAGUAGCCAAAGAAAUUUUCAGUACCUACUGUCUUUUUAAUAUCUAUUCAUAGCCCGUAUGGAUAUGAUUUGAAAUGGUAUAAUAUGUUAGUUAUGAGAUUAUAUUUCUUUAAAAAAAUUAAUUUUCAAUGUAAUCAGUCCCUCCAUUACUUAAAAAAGUUAUUAAUCCACCUCUCUAAUUUAAUUCAAAGUCAAUUUAAUUUUACUAUCAAAACUCAUCAUGAUGAUAAACGAAUUUUUUCACGUCUUCGUUAAAAAGCCGUCUUACAGAGCAAGUCCUGUAAAAUGGAUAAAAUAAAAAUAACAAGAAACAAUAUCAUAAAUUCACUAAUCAACUAGUUUGAUUCUAUAAAGCCCCCGUAUGUUGGUACAGGGAUGUAAACUUGUUACAUUAAUGAGUGCGUGACGUCAGCACGCAGCUGUGGUCUGGCGCUUUUGAUUGAUAUCCUCGUGACCUGACGUAAAUAAAAUGGUGGACUUUCCCCAUCUCAACACGCGAGUAUUAAACACCCCGUUCUAUGGUGCCUUUUGUAGGAACUUAUAUAUGACUGCCUACAUCAUGAAAGAAUUUCUACUAAAAUACGGUUCAACUAUGAUUUGGCCAGUCUCUGGUUUGUUAUAUUUUCAACAUUCUCUUAUUACCCCCAAGUAUUACUUUAUUACCUUUCCGCUAACAUCUUCAGCUUAACUCACUUCUUAAAUAAAUUAAAUCCGUUACUAAUUUAUUAUAUUAAACGAUAAGUUUCUUUUAUGCCAUACCUACGCCAUUUUUUAAUUUACAAAUUGUCAAAUCCAUUGAAUUAUCAAUUUAAUAAUGCUACAGUUUAUAUUAUAUUUCUAUAAUUAUAAUUUUAAUACACGGAGACAAAAAUUUAAUACACCGUAUUAAGUUAAUAUAGCAUAGAGAGAGUAUUUACAUACUUCCGACCUAUUUAUUUGUUAUCGCGACUUAUUUAUUUUGUAACUGUAUUUCUAAGAUACCAGUGUUAUGUAAAUCAAUAUUUCUCAAAUUUAAUUCCUUUAAGUUGCGGUUUUUUACUUACACGACUGUCGGAACAGCUGAUAUUCUCUGUUUUUGAAUCUCAACUAUUUAGGUUCUAGCGUAUCCAUUUAAAGUUAUCUUGUUCAAAAAUAAUUGAAGGUUAAGAGGAAUGGUGCCAAUAUUAUCCGCAAGGUUAUAUUUAGAUGUAACGAAUUUAGCUAAUUGUAUGAAUAUUGAACAAUUUAUAUUACUUAUUAUGGAAACAUUUAAAAUAUAUUGAACUAGUAAAUUAUUAUAUAAAUUUGUAUAAAUUUUAUAUGAAGCAGCUAUGAAACGCUACGGGUGCGAUGAAAUAUAUACUAUAUUACUAUA